UUACUUGUUUCAUGUCCGAAAAUAUCAUGAAGCCGGCUCAAAAAAUCAAGGACCACAUGACAUCAAUCAUAGCUUAAAUAGGAAAUAAAUAUUGAGAUACUAAUGAGGUAUAUUGUCCAUUAUAUUAUAUUAUCAGUAUACUGUUUUAGGGCCAAAAUAAUCAAUCUAUCAUUAUCAUAAGUUGAGUUUUAUUUAAUCUCAAUAUAUCUCAUUCAUGUGGCCCUUCUAAUGACAUCAAAGAUAAGAUGAUUGUAAUUUUUUCAGGUACAUGACUCCACCAAAGGGUGAAGACUGAAGAAAACACAAUCAUCAAGAUUCUACAAAAUUAGUAAAUUAUUUUAUCAUAAUGCAAUGCUAUACUAAAUUUUCCAUCAAUCAUCUUGAGGAGUUAGAAUCCUAUGGAUGAUGAUAUUCUAAAGGGGUUAUGUGGUUGGAGUUGGAAAGAGAACAAAUUGUUUGAGCUAGCUUUGGCUUUAGUUGAUGAGAGGCAUCCGGAAAGAUGGGAGAUGGUUGCUGCUAUGGUUGGAGGAGAAAAGAGUGCUGGUGAAGUUGAAGAACAUUAUGUGGUAUUGUUGGAGGAUUUGGAGCUUAUAGAAUCUGGAAAAUUUGAUCAUAAAUUGGGUGAAGAUCAUCAUACAAGUGUUCUUGUUGAUCUUACUGAAUCGUUACGCUUGUCUGAUAAUAUUGAUUGAUAAAUAUAAUACAAUACAACCAUGUAAGUCCCAUCUUUUUAUGUGUAUUCUCUCAUUCAUGGCUUUGGCUCUGUUGAAUUAAGAGGCCAUACAGCAUAUCAUUACUCUGAUUUAUAGCUUGCUUUUAUGCUCUUCA